GGGAGCUGCUCAGCCCGGGCGGCACCCACGGAGCGGGCGGCGAAGGGGCGGGGCCGGGCCCGGACUCCUUCCAAGCCACGCGCUUCGGCAGCUUCGUGCGCCAGCUCAAUCUCUACGGCUUCCACAAGGUGCCGGGCGAUGCCGGCGGCUGGCUCCACUUCAGGAAUGCCAACUUCGUACGCGACCGCCCCGAACUGCUGCUCCGCAUCCAGCGCCUGACCAGGG